GUUAAUAUCAGGGUGCAUUGCAGCUACUUAGCUGGAAGAGUCCAUGCAUUUAUGGCUCUGAUCAGCGUUUGAAGUUAUCAUUAAGAUCUGUGAUCCCUGUCAAUCCCUUAGGACCCGAAUAUUCGGUCCGGUCUACAUAACUAGGCUUCCAUCCUGUCUUGGAAAUCGCUGUAGACUGGAUUGCCAUCCUGUUGUGAGCAGUCUAUUUGAAGGUAGAUUGUUUCUUUAAACAAUGGCUAGGGAAGAUCACCACGAAAGCGCGACAGCAGCUGAGAAGCUCGCUCUCAUCAAGAGUCCUCUUGUAGCUUCCGACUCGAGCAUCGAUGGUCUUCCCACCAGGAGUCCCACGGCUCCUGAUCUGAGCCUCUUUGGUAACAGAUACGAGGAUGACUGCCCACAGUUCCAAAAGCACGAAGAUGCCAGUCUACUCGAGCUUUUCUACGAUCUCUUCUUCGCCGCUAACUACACUGUCUUCUGCGAAACACAAGGUGUUAAUAGCCAUGAGCGUUUCAAAGCCUAUGUUGGAUACUUCAGUAUUCUGUGGAUCACAUGGCUUACUACUAGUCUGUAUGAUGUUCGAUUCGUAACAGACAGUCUCUUCGAACGUGCGGCUCGAGGUGUUCAUCUCGGAGUCAUGGUUGGAUUCGCCGUCGUUGCUCCCAAGUUCACACCUCACGAUCAAAACAUGAAGACCAUGAGAACAAUGUCCAUCAUUCUUAUGGUCUCCCGCCUAUGCUUGGCUGUCGAAUACGGAAGCAUCCUCUGGCACGUCCGAAAGUACAAGAAGCAGGUCUUGCCAAUGAUGCUUCAAAUUGGCUUGAACUUUGCCCUUGCCAUGAUCUAUCUCGGCGUCACAUUCCGCUUUACUGAUCACAAUAGCAAUGUAUUCAUGACGUGGUAUGUCCUCGCCGGUGUAGAGCUAAUCCUCACUUUCGCCAUUGCGUACAUCUACCCGGUUCUGAGUUUCCAGGGUACGCAUUUGAUGAAGCGUAUUGGUCUGUUGACUGUCAUUAUUGUUGGUGAUGGAAUCAUUACUAUUUCAAAGAGCGUUGUCACUAUCGUCGAAAGCCCUGAUGCAUGGAAUGCUCAAACGAUUGGCAUUGUCACCGCCGCAGCGACAACCAUCUAUGCAGUCUUCCUCAUCUACUUCGACUGGAUGAAGAAUCCUUAUCUGCCCAAAUUCCGCCAGCAGCUCUGGACUCUUCUCCACUAUCCUCUGCAUCUCGCACUCUGCCUCUUCAUUCAGGGGUUCACUCAGCUUGUCAUCUGGACCAAGAUCUUCGAUGUUUUCAAGCACCUGAACUCGAGCUCAGUACUCCUGGACAACACCAGUCUCAUGGCCAAGGCAACAACCAAGAUGAUCGUCGACGAGCUACAGAAAGUUGUCACCAAAUUCUUCGAGACCUACACACCUCAGUAUAUCACGACCUUGAACACGGCCGACGCUGCGCUGAAGAAUAUCUCAGCUAUCAACGAUACAUUCUGGCCACAGAUCGUCAAGUACUCUGAUACAAAUCAGGAUAAGGAUUUUCCUGAUCAGAACGACUACCAGACCUUCGUCGACGCCAUGAUUGGACUCAUGAGUGCCAUGGAGAACGCUUUGCUUGAGACCUUCAAGGUUAACCUUGCGAAGGAAGUUGACGACGAGAACAAGAGCAAAGGCAUCCAGCAGACCGAUUCUGGCUUUGAGUCUGAACUCAAUGAGAAGAUGUGGAUUCGUUUCCAACUUAUCUUCAACUAUACCUAUAUCGCCGCUGGUAUCUCCCUGAUCCUCAUGGUGGCCCUCGCCGUCAUCUCACGAACAAAACCAUGGAGCAAAUGGGCCAUCACCCGUCACAUCAUCUUCAUUCUCCUCGGCCUCGGCACAAGUCUCGUCGCAUUGAUAAGAUACAGUGAAACACGUUCCACCGAAUAUCAGCAGAGUUCUUGGAUGCUCCCUACUAUUACUAUUGUCUGGCUCGUUGUUCUUGUGCUGACUCACAUUCGCAACCCGCCGCCUUUGUUCUUCAAGGGUAGUCAGUCCUUCUGGAGCAGAAGGAAGAAUAACCAGCAAACUUAUGACUAUGUCAUGCCUGCAGAGGGACAGACGGCGUAUAAAGGAGCACCAAGUACCCAGGUUAGGUCUUCCGUCUAGAUAGCUUCUUAAUUCUUGGAGCACGCGAUGGGUGUUUUAAGCAACAUAUUCGAUUCAAGCAAGCCGAAUUUGCAAUUAAACCGGGUAAAUAAGCGAUCAUAUAAACUGAAGGGAUCGGAAUAAAUAUAAGAAUGCUAUAGAGUAGACUACCAUCACUCGAUGCCAUCAAUCAAUGCAAACAUUCAAUAUGAAAGCACUGAACAAGAG